AGAACUAGCAGCCGAUUUUGCUACGGGAUUCUAUGAAUAAAUUUUGACAAUACAAAUACAACAACUAGUACAACCAACAACUAGCUACAUCUAACGAGAACACUAAAAAAGAUCAACGGAUAUAUCGAUCACAUCAACACCAUGAUAGUGAUUAUUUAAAACAUCACGAAGACGAUUCAACAUAUCAAGAAAAUGGUGUCGCUCAAACAGCCACCAACCGAAGCGAAAAGCAGCUACAACAUGCCAGUUGUAGUUGGUGUAACGGUUCCCGUUGGAGAUCAACAUGCGGCGAACUUUCAAUCUCCAGUUAAGCAUGGAGGAAGGGAUGUUUAUGGACACGAGUAUGAGUAGGCGUCUCUCUUAGAUGUCUCUCGUCGAUAUUUUGUUUGAUAGUGAAAGAACGGAAAGGCGGUUGCGGUUCGCUAUCCACAACAAAAAUAUUACAAACAAGCUAUAGAAUUCAAGUUCUGUAACAAACAGCACGACUUCACAGAGAUAUCAGAAAGCUACUCUACCACCUCUAAAAGACAACACCUGCGUUGCAACAUCAACUUCAGCCAAUGCCAAUACAGACACCGGCAGCAGCUGCUAUGAAGCCUGCAGCAGAUGAACGAUCGGAAAACAAGCAAGAUCGUCCCCAAUGGACAUCUCGGUACGAUUUUAUCUUCGUGCUGAUGGGUUAUGCGAUCGGGAUUGGAAAUUUGUGGAGGUUCCCAUACCUUUGCGGAAAACAUGGAGGAGGCGCUUUUCUGUUUGUUUAUCUCUUAUGGGUGUGAAGUUCUGUUUGAAAUAGGCUUUCUUUUCACUAAAUUACGUUCACCUGUUCCAUCUAAUACUAAUUACUGUGGUUUUUGUGAAGUUCUGUGAUGUCUAUGAAGAAAAUAGAUGGUCUUGCAAGUAGCUACAACUAAUUUGAAGAUGAACAUCAAACACUUGAAAUUUCGCACACUGGUGCUUGUGAAGUACCAAAAGGAAAGGGAAACUCUAAUAUCUUUCUGCCUAGCCUUUUGCGCGUUUCCGCUGUUCCUGUUGGAAUUGGUGAUAGGGCAGAACUACCAAUCCGGUCCAGUGGAAUGCUACAGGAGACUACAUCCUUAAGGCUAUUGCAUCCUUGAGGCUAUGGCUAUUCCACGUUGCAUCCUUUAGACCAUCGUAAGCUCUGAAGUUAAGAUUAAGAUUAAGAGAUUUCUGGCUUGCGACAGGCAGCGGCCAGGGCUCCAGUACGAAGAAGAUACAUGUCAGUCUCCGUGUAGUUCCUCAUGCAAACCUCUACGCAAUAGAUGAAGAAGUUGUAAGUAGUGCCACUCUAACAUCUCAAGUUCGAGGGCCUGGCCUACAUUGCGGCGUAUAUGAACACUUGGGUGCUGAGUUACUAUCAAAUGGUCAUUGCGUGGGGCCUGGUUUUCUUCGUGCGGAGCUUUGGAUGGUAAAUACAGUCUUUUUUUUGCUACCUCUACAUAUGAUUUUGUGCUGAAUGCAGAAGUUACUAAAAUGAAACAUUCUGAAGCGUCUGCUCGAACUUCUAAGAACAUGAAGAUGGACAGUUAAGAGGUACCUGUACAGGUUCUCCGACGUCCCCUGGGCUGAUACGGAUACCAAGGAGUACUUCGAGAAAAAGGUAUUGGAUCGUGCCGAUUCCUUCAACGCUCAUGGUGCUUAUCAUUGGAGUGCGCCGGCUCAUCUGUUACUAGCUGUCGUUGCUAGUUGGGUGAUUACAUAUCUUUUUAUGGCACCUUGAAUUUACGAGCAACGUAUAGAGGUUUCAUUGUCAAUACAGAGUAAUGAAUCGAUGAGGCUACAAGAUUUGAUGAUUAGGAGCAAUGACUGCAUCUAAUCUGUGUCUUGUCAGAGGCAUCCACAGUGCAGGCAGGGUUGCUUAUUUUACGGUGAUCACGCCCUUCGUCCUCAUUUUCGUCCUACUCUGCAAGACUGCGGCACUUGAAGGUACUUUUGGAAUUUGGAGGCAUUUUUUCUCUUUCUUGAGUAGGUACUUACACUUGAUGUUCUUGAUGUUGUGCGGAAGAAACUCUGAGUGAGGUGGCCAAGCAACAAGUGUUGGAAACAAGCACCCUAGAAGAAUCUAGGCGCCGGCUCCGGUAUCGUCUAUUAUCUGAAGCCGCGGCUCGAGUACGUUUUUGACCCAGCAACGUGGUCAGCCGCUUGUGGUCAGAUUCUCUUUUCGCUGUCGCCAGGAACAGGAGCCGCCACUGCACUGGCAAGCUAUAAUAAACGGGACUAUCCGCAUUUAUUUCAGGAUGCUUUGGCGAUAUCCCUUACCAACAGCGGGUUCUCGAUACUCAGUGGUUUCGUUGUUUUUUCUGUCGUUGGAAACCUGGCACACAGCGAAGGUCUAUCAGUUAUGGUGUGAAGGUCGUGAUGGUUUACUUUGAGUUAAGGUAGUGUUACUGUGAGUUAAGGUAGUGAGUUAAGUUACUUACUUUGAAUUAAGAUACUGUUACCGGUGGUACUAGCCUCUUAAGAUCUCGCUUUUUGUCUCCCCCCCUCCCUCUCUCUCAUCUCAACUCCUCUCUCUGAUAAUUCAUACUUCGCACAAAAAGGAGCUGCAUAAGCUCAUACUAACCCGCCUCAUAAUUGAUGUUUUCCACCACUAUCCCUAACUCUUUCGAAUAAUCGAAAACUCAAAAUAGCCGAGUAGCCAACUGAAAUAUCAGAGUCAUUACGUUGCUCUUGUUUCAGUAUCUCGCUUAUUCUAAGUAGUUACUCGCUUAUUUCAGCUUAGCGAAUAUUCUAAUUCUUUUGUUCGAAUACUUCGAACUUCUUUCUCCAUCUCUAAUUCUUUCGACGCAGUUGCACAGGAGGGUGCUGGGCUUACCUUCGUCGUCUUCCCCAAAGCCUUAGCCAGCAUGCCGACUAUCUUUAGCUGGUUCUUCUUCUUCACCUUAGUUUUACUAGGACUCGACAGCUCGUUCGCAUGGGUGCAAACGCUAAUCACAUACAUAAUGGACUACUAUGCUGGGGUUAGUGGUGUCGGGUCCGGUGGUGGUGCUGUCGUGUCUGGUGGUGGUGGUGGUGGUGCAGAACAAGUAUCCGGAUCUGGUGGUGGUGGUGGUGGUGGAGAACAAGUAUCCGGAUCAGGUUCCGAAGCACAGGUUCUACCAUCAGGAUCAGACACAAAAACGUCAAGACUAGAUCCACCGGCACGACUGGAGAAUGUAGUUACUGGUACCAGCACAAAUAGAAGUACUGCUGCAUCAGCACUACCAGCUGCAGCCACAGCACCGGUAACUGAGAGAACUGGACAACCACAACCUGAAGAACUACAUCCUGAGUUUCCUUCCCAAUCUCAACUCCGACAACGUGUGACUCUCAUUCUCUGCGCCACUUUGGGUCUCACGAGCUUGGUGUAUGCCACACGAAACGGCGUCCAUAUUCUUAUGAUUGUGAAGCAGGUUCGAUUUCGAUGCGCGCAUCUUCAAGAAACUGGGCUCUUUUACUCCUUUUACCUUGAAACACAUCGUAAGUAGAUUGACACUGAAAACUGACAUCGUCGUCGGUUUGUCAAAAAAAAUCAUCCCUUUUAGUAAAAAGAAACAUAGAAGAUAAUAACAGUCAAGACCAAGUACUUAUGCAUAGUACAACUCUACUUCUCUUACCUCUACCUUCUAACCUGUUAGAAGUGGUAGACCACUACUGUCCGACCUAUUGCUUGUUGUUUAGUGCCUUCCUGGAGUUCGUUUUGUUCGGCUACGUGGUAGGACCAGAACGAACGAGGGCUCUGGUUCUAGAGCUUUGUGGACCUCCCGACAGAACAGCAACACACGAUGAAAAUAGUAGUAGUACGGAAAGAAGUACUUCUUCUUCAACACCAUUGCAGCGAUUCGUCUUGCGGUUUUUGACAAAGAACAAGCGGACAUUCGAUCUGUGUUUGCGCUUUGUUGUUAUGGAGAGACUUCUCAUCAUCAUAGGUGCCGCAAUGUAGAGUGGAUCAGUAUUUGAAAGCAGCAGCGUUUGAAAACAGAAAUAGCUAUCUACCACUUGACUCAAGUUCGUUGAGAUCUUCUAACGCCUGUCCUCUGCUGAGCGGUGGAGUACUCCUGGUUUCCUUCGUCUCGGACUGCUUUUUUCGGGAGUACCACUCUCUGGUGCUCGAGUUAUUCGGUUGGGCCAUUGCGCUGUUGCCUAUAUUAUGGAUCGAUUACAUAUAGGAUUAGAUAUUGUUGUCCUCUCACUCACGACGUGGAGCUGGAGUAUUUUGAAUUUUGUCAUCUACUCGAGUAUACGCUAGUACGAGGACCGGGUAUUUCUACCCUAGGGUAACUUGUAUCUCAAUCGGCGCUGUGUUUUGGUCUAGAGAUAAAAGAGCACGGACAGGGAGACUGCUCGCCCUCUAACCACUGUCGCUUUCUGCUUCCACGCCUAUUUUUGUGACCAAAACUCCGAAGGUCCACUAAAGGAAAAUGCAUCACCGAUAAAAGGUGUCGUGCUCACGAAGAGCAAUGCAGGAGUGUGAUGAGAAGAGACGGAAUCGAAUACGUAUUGUUGACGGGUGCUGAUCGUUGAUCAACACUAACAUGGAAGGGACAAUCUAUCUGGGGAUGUUGAAUCAAAGAGUGUACUAAUUGUCAUCUUUCAGGGGGGUUGUGAUACUUAUAUUAGCCACAAUAAUGUGCUGUUUAUGAGGCCUUUCCCAGGUUCUUCUCUACACAGUGCUUGCGUGCGUGGUUAAGAAGAUAAAUAAUGGAUGAGCACAAUGACACGGUGGUGACGAAUGCUGUCUUGAAGUAAGAUGAUCUGUUGUCCAUGGCUGUCGGUGUGAUAAUGACCAUUCAAUCAAGGUUGGAAUUUAUGCAUGAACGUUCACUACAUGUCUGAGCCUGUUUUUUCUUAUGACUGGAUCCCCGAUCCUGUGCAUCAAGAUUCUACAUGUUUAUCCUACGGGAUGGAAGGAGCCUGAGGGGGGCCUUCAGACUGGUAUUACUGGAUUUGUUCUGGUUAUAGGACUCGUCCGGUUUACCUCAGUCGAACAAUCUUAGCAUAUUUUUCCUGUAUGGCAAACCUACGGGACCGCCACCUCCUUUCACGAAAGGUAGGUAACAUCCAUUUCUCAAAACCACACUCCACAUCCGCUACCACCAUAUAUCAGCCCAUGGGCCACCAUGACAAAAAAGAUCUACAGUUGCAUCUCUCACACACAGCCAUAAGUGAAGCUUAAUAGUGCUGCUCCAGUGUUCUCCUAGACACUUUGCAGUCACAACACACAAUGCUCCACAGCGGCAUACCAAGGUCGCCUACCACACAAUCGAAGAAUCAUAAGCAUUCAAUCUGCAUUGAAGACAGUCAUCACAUGAAGAAUACCACCGCUGUUUCACCAUCACGAAUCAUGAACAUACAAUAUUGCCACUCACCAAUGCCCCCGACCCCAAACGCUAUCCCAUAGAUGGCGAUAAGAAUUUUUCACAACAUAUUCCAAUAUCCCGCAGACGCAUGCUUAUAAAAGUAUCUCGCACAAGAACAAACUUUAUGUGUUCCAAUCCUCCCACGAUCGUCACAAAACCGAGAGAAGCUAUUCCAAAAGAAUAGGCUUAAGUUAUUUCACAUCGUGACUACUGCGCACUAACAAUAAAAGAGAGUAACACGAGAGCAACAGCAAGAACUUUUACUGUCGAGAGAGCUCGAAGACAAUCGACGACAGGAACUUCGUCUAGUGCCCGACAGCCAGUAAAGCAGCUCAUCUUACCCACCACCCCGCUUCAUGAAUGAUUUAGAUCAACAAGACUUCAGAAAGAUUAUUCACCAUCCAUUUUCCACUACAUACCCACCAGAGCUUAGCGCUCGUGAUCUUCAACUUGACUCAUAUUCAGACAUAAUUCAUUUUCUCACCCAUCAAUUACUUGGUUCAUGAUGGCCUCCGUAUCGUCAGUUGGUACCCCAAUCGACCCCACGGGGUCCACGACCCUGAAUCCUCCGCCCAGUGUCGAAGAGAUCGUCCAGAACACUCUCAAGAUGGUGAACAAACACGAGAACUUAUUCCACGAACCACCAGCAAUAUCUCUUACAUCAUCAUCAGCUACCACGGGCAAACCUUUCCAGAACAGCGACUUCCAGCUCCUGAUAUCAAAAGCAAUUGCAGAAUCUCAGUCACAACUUCCUCUUAUCAACGAGAAAAUCGAAGCAGCAUCCCCAGUCUCUUCCAUAUGGAGAAUGACGCCGAAACUACUUCAAGAACCGAUCACUGAUACAGCAUCAUGCGCCCGAGCAGCUAUCCUCUUUACUCACAUGUUGGCGCAUGCUCCAUUCUACGCACAUCUGGGAGGAGAGUCACAAGCUCCUCCAAUCAUCCGGUGGAUCAUUCUUAACGCUGAUGAGGCCACGAGGGAACUCAUCGGCAAAAUCAGGACUACCAUCAAAAUCUUGAUUGCAGACAACACUCAGUUCGAACUCGCAAUGAAGACAGCCUUCUUCGCGAGCCCGACAUACUUGCCGAAGCUGGGACAUUACUGCCUGCUACUACAAGAUGUCCGCAGUCGUACUCUCAUGCAAGCAGGGACAUCUGCUGCAGGACUCCAAGUUUUCAGGGAAACUAUCUCCUUCUUCAACCCAGUUGAGACCUUAGUUGACAUCUUAGGGAAGCAACUCCCAACGUUGGCCUCAGCACUCAGGGCAGACAUGACGGCAGAUGGCAAGCUGCAACUGUUAUCACACACCACACCUACCGGACUUUCUUACGGUCUUCUCUCAACAACAAGAGAGAAUCCAUCUACAACAAAGCUACAUCCAUCUCUACUCUUUCUUCGCCAACUAAUCAGCAUGGUCUUCACAUUUCAUGUAUAUAGGCUAUAGGCGAAGACCAUGCAACCCAGUGCGAGGAAAGAGCAUUACACCUUCACACACCCUCCCAAGUCUAUUGAUCGACUUUUAUCCACGAGUCCGAGGAACUACCCCCUCUAACAACCUACUCCGAAGGUAUGGCCCUUUAAGAAUCCGGUCCACACUAGCAACUUCACAGAGGCCUACGACAAGCUAUGCAAAGAAUCCGCGGCCAGCAGGUUAGCAGGUUCAUCGGCAACAUCGAACGCCGAGUCACAACAAUCAGACCCCUUCAUCACGGCGAGAUCAAAUCACCAAGGAGGAAAAGGAGGAGGCAAGACGAACUUCGUAGACCUAGCAGCAAUUGCAGAGGGCCAGGACCUCGAACAUCAUGAUCGUCACAUGUCAGAGCGUGCAGUUCCCCAGCACAUGUUCCAGAGCGCAGGGUUCAUGCGAGGGGGCUACACUCCAAGAGGAGCCGCACAGAGUAUUAAUGCAUCCUACUACGCUCCCGGCCUAGACCUCUCAAAUGACAACAUCCACCACCCGCAAGGCAGAAACAUCCUCCAAGCCAUAGGCGCAGGCACCACAGGCUCAUCAAAGUAUCUCGAAGUAGGAGCUUUUCACUUAUACGUCGCACCAUACCAAGAGACAGACGAGAUUCCGGUGACAGAAUGGCCGGUAGUCAAGAUGCUGGCAGGUGUGUUGAAUCCCAGGCUAUUUCGAUGUCUCAGGAGGCUGGUGUUCGAUAUUAUCAUCUUUCGAAUCACCAAAUCAGGGCCUCCUCCAACGCACCUGGACCACGACUGGUUCUCAGGUCUUGCGUCUCAAGCUCUCCUAAGCACGGCGGCUACCAGAUUGGAUGAAGACCAGGAGUAUUUUGAAGAAUUUAUCUUCGAUAUCACCAUCUGCAUCAUGAGCAGCCUUUUGACCAAGAGACGAUGGGAGAGAGCAGCUGAGGCUGACAAGGGCACCAAACUAGAAGUCAAGGAAGUUGUGUGGCCCAACGAAUUCACGGAGAAGUCCAGGGCCAUCACCCUGUUCCAGUCUAUCACCAACGCAGCCAAAGCAGACAAAGGCGCAGACUAUCUCAUCUUUGAAUACAAGUCACCGUCAGAGCUUCUAGCUCUCUUCUCAGCUAUAGAAAAAGUCCGGGUAGUAGUAGAAACUUGUAGAUCGGCCUUCGGUCAUGACCCUCAAGACGCAGACAUCACAACAGCGCCUGCACUUGUUUCUGAGUUCUAUCUAGUGGACAUCAUCACCGGCAUCAUCUUUCGCAUAGCGAAACUUUGGACCGAAGACCCAGUCUCCAAAAUCCAGAACUGCCAGCUACUGCGUAGUAAACUCAAAUCGCACAACGUCGCCAGCCACUACCUACAAAAAUCAUCCCCACAUGCAGCGCUCUUUCUAGUAGAUUUCGCGAUGAACAUCAAAGGUUCUCCAAUUAACGAAACCACACCCAACAGUAUCUUUCAACAACUCGUCCAGCAUCCACAGUUUAUCAAAAACCAGACCAAGGGCUUCAAUCACAAGGGAAAGCCCAUCAACUACGACAAGAAUGGCAAGAGCAAGAACAAACAAGGCAAAGAUCAAGGUUACUUCAAAGGGAAAGGCCCUACCAGUUUUAUCAACUUAGGAAGUACCUCAUUCAAACGACAGAACGACGAAUCAUCGUACAGCAGCAGCCCAGAGAAGACACCGAAGAACUACUCACAACAGCCGCCAGCUCAGAAAUCCAGCUUUGUCAUGAUGCUUGAAGAAGCUCGGGGGAAGAUCCUCGAGUCACAACUGCUGUACGAAGAUGUCACUCACGAUGUACUGAAGAAAACUCCAAAGUUAUGUCUACCACAUCUUGCUGAAAGAUUGGAUCUCAAGAACGAUAAAGGCGACUGCAUAUUUUGUAAGUGGGGCAAUGACUGCCGUCGCGAUCCACAACACUCUACUACCAACGAAUAUGCAAAAACUAAGAAGAAACUUUAACUUUCACAUCAAUCCAUCACCGAUGAAAUUAGAGCCAGAGCGCUAAUCACCAUGAAAUUAAAAACGUCUCAUCUGUUAAAUCCUCCAAGAGAUGAUCACUAAGCUCCGAGACCACGAGUAUUUUUCAUAAAGCAAGUUUGUCAAACAUGUCGUCAUAUGUGAGCACCAAUGUACCUUCAACACAACUUGCUAGCAAAAUGUCAGUCAUUCGACAAAAUGUACGCAAAUUAAUCGACGCCAACAAGUAACCCGCAGUGGCCGGAGCCUGCUCGCAAAGAUGUCAUCUUGCGGACCAUACCUUCAUCUACUCACAUAUCGGUCAGUGCACAUCCCUGUCAUGUCCAAGCUCAAUGGAGAGAAUGAGUGUGAACACCUUCAUUCAUAAGACCAUACCCUCGGACUCCUCGGUAUCCAAACCUCUAACACCAGUCGGCCAUCAUCGGAGUGUCGCAGUUAUCGGACCUCAACACUGCAAAAUACUAUCACCUACAUCUAGCUAUCACUACCCCACACAACCAAGCCCCACCACCUACACCUAGAACAAUCGGAACCAAAUAUAUCUCACGAAGGACGAUAUACAGACGUCACAUCACAUCAACCACACCAAAAACAAUCUCUCCUCUGAGAGGUACAAAUGUCGAUGGUGCUUCUGUGGCGGGUUCGGUGCAACUAAAUAUCGUGUCACCUUCACCACAUGUCAGUGCUUAUCCGUGCUUUGUGCAAAAUCAUAUUAUUUAAGAAGAUAAAUAAUGGAUGAGCACAAUGACACGGUGGUGACGAAUGCUGUCUUGAAGUAAGAUGAUCUGUUGUCCAUGGCUGUCGGUGUGAUAAUGACCAUUCAAUCAAGGUUGGAAUUUAUGCAUGAACGUUCACAAAUGGAUGUUAUCAGCCUUUUUCUCCCACCCGUAGCCGACUUCAUUAUAACACCAACAUCCACUCCCACCCACCCAUAUCGAUAUACAGUUGCCUUAUAAGCGUCGUCUACUCCCUCCCGGAGGACAAUUACACCAUAUGUCUCCUUUCAGUGCUCAACACAAAGAUCAUGAGCACCCUAAUGCGAGAACAGUGGUGAUCCUCUGAGAGGUACAAAUGUCGAUGGUGCUUCUGUGGCGGGUUCGGUGCAACUAAAUAUCGUGUCACCUUCACCACAUGUCAGUGCUUAUCCGUGCUUUGUGCAAAAUCAUAUUAUUUAUCCGCACGUGGAAGCAAUAGCAUGAGCAUUCUUUUAAGUAAAACCGGGACUGUCUGAGAGUAAAAAUUGUAAAGAUUCAUUGCUGCAUUUAACUCAUAGAUUGAUGUGUGCUAGAAAAAGAACUAGUAGGAAGCUAGAAGUUGGGGAGCGGCCAUGACCUUCACAGCAUUCAUGAUCGUAUUAUUUUGUAGGAGUUAACUUCUAGCACUAGAAUACCUGAUAGUCUAUCAUUCGGUCUCCUUGCUCUUCUUUUUAGAAGGUACAGGGUGGCUGAAAGGCUUCAACAACGUUAGGAAAAACGUGACACGAGGUAUCAUGACAUGACAAGAACUAGAAGCUACGACGAACUUCCUCGUCUUACUCACAGCAUACCCUUACUUCCUUUCCCACCACCACCGGUGCGAAGCAGGAACUGAAUAUGUUGGGAAAGUAAGAGGUUAGCUUGUAAGUUUAGAAAAUGAAAAGCGACCGUGACCAACAACAUCACCUACAUCUAAUGCAUGCUAGUGAUUCUUCUCAUGUAAUAUCUAUAAAUAUCUGGUAUUCCAUGUCCACGUUUACACGUCAUUCAACCAUGUAAUGCUUCUACUACCUAUUGUCGGUCCUCUUUCUUCGAUUGUCCUUAUGCACGAGUCUGCUCGUCGGUAAAGUAUGGUCCUACUUCGGAUACUUAGCUACUACAU